AUGUGCUAGAUUAUUCGACUGGAGUGGAUGUUAUUUGACCCAUGUCAUGUGAUGAUUGCGUCAUUUAUUUUGUUUUGCAGGUCUGUUGGAGAUGAAGCAAUGUUUCAUUAGUUUUGAAUUGGACAUUUAACAACACAGACUUCGAAUAUGUUGAGUACAGUUUUAGGCAGCUUAGCAAGUUUCUCAAAGAUCACAGGCAGCAGUGAUGAUGACUGGAUCGACCGCCUUAACCACCUAUGGACGGUAGUGAUGUUGACUUUAUUUGCUGUGGUGACGUCUUCUGGUCAGUAUGCUGGUAACCCAAUCGAGUGCUGGGUGCCAGCUGAAUUCACCGGUGCAUACACAACUUAUGCCAAGUCUUACUGCUGGAUCGCCAACACUUACUAUGUCCCUCAGGAAGAACCUAUCCCACACAAGGUAGCAGACAGAUAUGACCAGGAGCUCACCUACUACCAAUGGAUACCCAUUAUCCUCAUGUUUCAGGCUUUCCUGUUCAAAGUACCAAAUAUUGUUUGGCGUAUGCUUAAUGGACAAUCGGGAAUUAACAUCGAGAAGAUAAUCACACUCUCUGAGACUGGAAUGCUGGGGGACCAAGACGACCGGAUGAAAAACAUAUCUCAUCUUGCCAAGUAUCUUAAUCGCUGGAUACAGACCCAUAGAGAAUACAGAUACAACUUCUUGGUCAAAAUAAGGGAGAAAUAUUCCAAUGUAUUCUGCUUUUGCUGUGGAAAAAGAGAUGGAACGUUUCUCACAGGGUUCUACAUUUUUACAAAAUUUUUAUACUGUGCAAAUGUUGUUGGACAGUUUUUCCUCCUUAAUGCAUUCAUGGCUACUGAUUUCAACAUGUUUGGAUUUGAAGUGAUUGAAAAUUUCAUUUAUGACAGGAAUUGGAGAGAGUCUCCAAGAUUUCCACGGGUGACACUGUGUGACUUCAAAAUCCGCCAGCUUGCUAAUAUUCAAACUUUCACCGUGCAGUGUGUCUUGCCAAUUAACCUCUUCAAUGAAAAAAUAUUCAUAUUUCUUUGGUUUUGGUUUUUUCUUGUAGCAGCUUUAUCAUUUGGAAACCUAUUCCACUGGAUUUACCAAAUAAUAUUUGGAGAAAAUAAAGUCACAUAUGUCCGAAAACAUCUCAAAGUAGCAGGUGAAAUUCAUACAAACUUCGACAAGAAACUCACAAGGAAAUUUGCUGAACAUUACCUGAGAUCAGACGGGGUCUUUGUUUUGAGGAUGGUUGGAAAGAACAGCUCUCCCAUGUUUAUAACAGACCUUGUUCAGUUACUGUGGAAAACUUUUAAAGAGGAGAACUGUUCUAGGAAACAAAGUGGAGUAGUGGAGGUUGAGGUGGAGACGCCAUUAAUGAAUGGAAAUUGUCACGUGGGAGAUUUAGAACCCCCUUCUUUGAAAAGCAGACUUUGAAAAUAUUGUCCAGGUUGUCUUGUGCUAGACUUGAUAUGAGUUUUGAUACCUUUAUAUAUUUGGGUGAAUUUGAAUUUUUGGAAUGAGAAUCUCAUUGUGUAAGCAUUUUAUUUUAUACGUUUUAGUUACUGUUGAAUGUUAGUGAUACAUAAGAUAGAGCAUGUUCAGUAUUAAUCGAAUGUUGUGAAUAUUAACUCAUUGUUUCUAGUCAUAUUGAAGGUGCUUGUACUAACUGUAGAAAUCCUAGAGUAGUGUUACCAUAGUUACUAGUCUAGUGUUGUGAUUUGCCAGUUAUAUAUUUUUUCCCCCUGUACAAUUUAUGUAUGUAACUAUUUUUUCCUCUUUUUUUUGUUGUCCCAUUCUAGUGAAGUAAUUUAAAUAGUUUUGCUAUUUCAGCUCCUGAGUUGUAAAUGAUAUAUAUCUAUAACUUGGCAAGGAGGAACUUAUCUAUUAUACAAGUUAAUGAAACUUGUCGCAUUGAUUCACGGACUUUCAUUACACGGACCUCUCCUGAUUUCUGAUGUUUCAUUUUGUCUACUUACUGCCACUUAAUGCACUGCCCGAGUCCUCUAUCACAGUAGUUGGUAUAUCUACACGGGCAUUUUGUUUUUAAUGUAUAUGACAUGUAUAUGAAUCAUCGACUUGUUCAACAUUUUAGUCUUUCGUUCAUGAUCACCCACCUAAUGAUUUCCUGCCAUAGGACUUUGGUAUAUGAUUUUGUUUUUUAUUCAAGUCAUUAAAUGGACUAAAUUCAAAGGAAUAAACAUUCCAUUCUUAUGCAUUUAGCUCAUAGUACUGUACUUUAAAUGUAAUUGAUUUAAAAAAGAGUACAGAUUACUUGUACUUUGCACUUGUUAAUCAGCAUUUAGAUAUGAACAAUGCACACUCAUUUGUGAAUACGACCUGAAAUUCUCUGUUUUUUUGUCUUGCCCAGGCUGCUUAGUGACUUCAUAAUUUAAUGAAUAACCAUCGGUUGUAAAUUAUUGUAAAACAUGGGAUUGGUCACCAGUCAAAAUUCUUAUUGUCUUGUUUCGUCAUCCAUAAGUCAUUUCUUGUGGCUGUGACAAAUAUUUUUUGGUUUAUACUACAUUGUAGUCAACAAGUACUCCUACAAGUAGGUACUGUGAAGACAUCAUGUCAUGUGAUCAUCAAGUGACUUUUCCUGCUACCAACUACUGCGUUUAAAAGCAUGGUAUGGGUUCGUGUUACACAAGUGUGUAAAUUUCAUACUUGUCUAGCUCCAUAGUAUACUGAACAAUUAACCUUCAACAUCUUCAUUUAUCUCUUUAUUCAUUAAAUGACAUAUUGCCUAACAUGAAUGAUAUUAUCAGUAUUGUAGUUUAUAGGAUUAAGACAGAAACAAUGUCAGACCAAGACAUUUUAAUUUUUAUCCAGGUUGAUCUGUUCAUCAGCACAUCAGUUUGUGAUCUUUAAGAGGUAGCUGAUCAUAUAGAGGUAACAUGGGGGAUUCAAGAUCAAUCAACAGUUUGGAUUGUAAUGGAACAAUGUUCUUCAUUAAUUAUCUGUUAAAGGAGUGUUCAUUCCUAUUAUGCGGAUGAUAAUAUAGCAACAAUGAGAUAAAUUGGGUAUGCUAAGUAUAUUUAAAAAACAUCUCCUAAUAUCAUAUCAUCUUGCUAAAGGUCUUCAUUGUGCAAGCACCAACUGUAGAGGAUUUCAGUUUUCAGUUUGAUCAUCAAGCUAACACUUCACUAGAAGAUAUAGUGGAGGCCAGAAAUCAAACUGUUGUGAAUCUUCAACAGAGAAAGACUGGUUUUCAAAAAAUGGCUAGUGCAAUAUUGCUCUGAAUCUUACACUUGACUCCAAAAGCAGAGUUCAUCCACAUAAACUGUGUUCCAAACAAACAUGAUCUCAAGGAUUUUUGUGGUACAGAAUUUGGAACAGAUGGUUUUAAUUUAAUGCUUUACUUGUGUGCUUUCAUUAUAUUUUAAUGUGCACCAAAAACUAAUUCCUCAAUAUGUGCAAGAUCUCAAACAAAUUUAACUUGUGGAUACAUGGGGCAUUUGUAUGUGAAUGUUUUUGUGUAUUCGUGUUGUGUUCUUGCAUGAUGUUAAUGACCCUUUUGUUAAAUGUAAGCUAGGUUAGGCUAAUCAGAUUAUGAAUUGUAACUCUUGUUUUUUCCUCCCCGCUUCCCAAAAGAGCUCGGAUUGAACUAAAUCCACACUUUAGCUGAUUUUCUGCAACCUCCAUUGUAUUUUUGUAGUCAUGUAUGUAAAUGUCAGGUAUGUGAAAAUCAGACCAUGUGGUGAUUUAUGUAGCUAAUUAAUUGUAACAAUAAUACCAAAGGUCAAAAAUGCAAAUAUGAUUUUGGUAUACAUGUAAUUGCAUGAUGAGCUACAUGUUUGUUAUUCAGUAACAGUAUUAAUAGUGUCUCAUUUGUGAAACUGUUUUUAAAUGACCAUAUAAAAUUCAAUGAAUUUGGACCAAAUACUCAUUACAUUCACAAAAAGGUUGCUCAAUGAAUAAAGCUGACAUUUUUCUUUAUA